AUGGAAUUACCGAUCCCAGAAAAGGUACAAAAGAUAUGGGAUUUAUGGAGUCUUAGGGGGUGUAUUAUGCUGAGCCUCCUUCUACAAAUUAUUCUUGUCUUGUUCGCAUCUUCCAGGCAACGCUGCAAGAACUCACUGUUACUCACGCUCAUCUGGGCAGCCUACUUGCUGGCCGACUGGGUUGCUGCAGUUGCCAUUGGUCUAAUCACACAAGAACAGACCAGAACUUGUGGACAUAAGGAUGGAGAGUUUGAUCAUGACAUUUAUGCAUUCUGGGCUUCGUUUCUUUUACUUCAUCUUGGUGGACCUGAUACCAUCACUUCUUUUGCUCUCGAGGAUAAUGAGUUCUGGCUCAGGCACUUGUUUGGACUCGUAUUACAAGUCAUGGCCGCUGGUUACAGUUUCUAUCUGACUCUCCCCAAUAACAAGCUUUGGCCUCCCACACUCCUUGUCUUCUUCGUUGGAAUUAUCAAGUAUACUGAGAGGACACGAGCGUUUUAUCUUGCUAGCUUGGAACGUUUCGGAAGGACUGCUCUGCGAAAGCCAGAACCUGGGCCUGACUACGAAGAGGUUUCCACCAACUACUUCUCCAAGUUGCUUCAGGUUCCCAUACAGGGAGAGAGCACAGAAAAUCAGAUAAGCAGUGGUGGUGUUGGGAGUUCUUCCCAUGACCCUUAUAUGGAACUUAAUAGAAUCACUUUAAACGCUUUUGACGAGUUGGAACUACUGAAGGCAGCUCAUAUACUCUUCGAAAGGUUCAAAGGGCUCAUUGUUGGUUUCUUUCUGACUUCUAAAGAUCGAAAGUCUUGCCGAGAUUAUUUUCUGAAAAUAACUGAUCAUCAAUGCGCUUUCAGAGUAGUAGAGUACGAGCUCAGCCUCUUGUUCCAGGUUCUUCACACCAAGGUGGUCGUGGUGCGCCAAACAAUUGGCUACAUACUCCGGUUUAUCAGUUUAUCUUCCAUAUUGGGUGCCACCAUAGUGUUCCUCUUAACUGAAAAGAAUGGAUUCAAAAGCAUUGAGGUCAUUCUCAGUUAUUCCUUGCUUAUUGGAGCCAUGGUCCUCGACACCAUAUCAGUAAUUAAGCUCAUUUUUUCUGAUUGGAUCCUUGUAGUGCUCAAACACAGUUGGAGAAGAUAUGUUCCUUCAUUUAUCUUAAAAAGAGAACGGUGGUCGAGAUUGGUUUUUCAAUAUAAUAUGAUAAGCUAUUGUCUAGAUGAACGCCCUGCGUGGUUCUUUGACUUAUCUGAGCUUUUUCACCUUCGGGAAGUUCUCGACAAGUUGAAAAUCAUGAGGUUCUCAUCUUCAUAUAAGGUCACAGACGAUUUAAAGAAAUUCAUCUUUGAUAAUCUGAAAGAAAAAUCCAACAAGGCAAGCACUUUACGAGAAUCAACAGAAGCAUGUAUAGAAAGAGGUGGUUUGGCUCUUUCACAGAGUACUGAUAAAGAUUUUGCUAGCUACAUCAAACUAAAAUGGAGCAUCAGUGAGUUCCAAUACACAGAAAGUAUUCUUUUGUGGCACAUAGCUACCGAGAUAUGCAACGAGGAGGGAAAUUCUAACAGUGAUCGAAAGGAAAAAAGGAAGUCUAAGAUUCUUUCAGAGUAUAUGUUCUAUCUACUGAUUGAGCAGAACACAAUAUUUUCUCCAGUUUUGGGAGACUGGCACCUUGUGUUUCAAGACACCUGUGCUGAGGCCAAGAGGUUUUUCAGAAAGUACUCGGUAUCAAAUCACUCUAGAGCCGUAGAAAAAAUGAAUUCUGUGAGAACAAAGUUCAGACCAGCUGCUGUGAAGGGGGGAAGAAGCAAGUCUGUGUUCUUUGAUGCGUGCAUCUUGGCACACCAGCUCCAAAAAUUGGAGGACAAGCGAUGGGAUAUAAUGGAUCAGGUGUGGCUGGAGCUCAUGUCUUACGCGGCCAUUAACUGUAGACCUAUUGUCCAUGCACAGCAGCCCAGCUGGGGUGGAGAGCUUAUUACUUUCACUUGGUUACUGCUCAAUCAUUUGGGCUUGGGUGUGCAAUUCUCCGAACAGGAAGAGCGAGCCGGAAUGAAAAUGGUGGCAGUUAAGUAA